UCUUAAGUAUGUUUAGAAAAGUGUUUGGAAAUUCUAUGAGACAUAAUCCAACUCGUUUAAGAUACUUAAGGGAGUAUGUGUGUUUAAGAGAGGCUGCUAAUCCAUCUGCUUAAUAAGCUUAGAUUGCCCAAGUCUAAUAAGUGGCAAAUAAGUAUGGAUUGUCAACUUCUCAAUUAACAACACUCUCCAGUAUCUAUCAACUGAGUUAAUUGCUUCGACCUUAAAAUUUCCCAAACCCCAAUGAUUAUAAGGUUUACUAAUUUAUAUUUAUCAAUAUAGGUUCACGUUGAGAAAUUAGAGUUAUUAUUCCGACAAAAUCAAUCAAAUAACGAAACCUUAGAGCAAUUCGCCCAAAGUCUAUAAUACAGAAUUCCAGAAAUCAACAAACUUACAAAUGAAGCUAGAAAAUAAGCAGCUCAAGAUUUGUUUAGCAUUUAUUUGGAAGGAAUUCACUAUGAUAAUUUAGUCUCACCGUAGAGAUUAUAUAAUAUUUUAGAGGCUAUGUCUAACAAUUAGAAUCAAUAUUCAGAUAAAGAACUACUGCAGUCAUAAAUAAAAUAAAAGCUGAAGUCAAAGAUCCAUAAUUGGCAGCUUAAUUAGCAUAAUCACUUGAAUCAAUCUUCCAAAACUACUAAUUUAAUCAAGGAAGGUACUUUAUCAUUUAAUAAAUAGAUAUGUGGGAUUGAUCAAAUCAUUCAUUGAAUCAAAUCAAGAAACCGAAGUUUAGGUUAGUCCAAAAUUAGAUUAAUAAGCCUAAGAGAAAUAACUCUUUAUUCAAACUGUUGAUAGAGCAACAAAACAAUUUUCAUCAGAGGAUCAAGAAUAUGCUAGAAAUGUUGAUGGACACGACUUCAAAUUGUUCUUACAAGAAUUAUAUGAAAAGGAAUAUCAAUCAGGAUUUGCUUAGAACAGAUUUAAUGAAAAGGGAUAAAAAUUAGUCUAUGAAUCAUAAGCAUAAGAACAUCAUGUUUUAAGAUAUUAAAUAUUGGCAGGAGUCUUUGCUGGUUAUUUCCUCUACUUGUUUUACCGAGGUGAUGCUUACUAUUCAACAAUAUUGACAGUACCAACUGUUGCUGCUGCUUUCUUUUAUUUAGCAAAAUAAGGACAAGUAUCUAUUGUUGCAUAAUAAUCUUAGGCAAAAAGAGCAAUCCCUUUCAUUAGACAAGUACUCAAAAAUAAUGACAAUACUUAUGAAGUGGUUUUUGAAUAAAAUCGUAUCAUUAGCAGAAUUGAGAAUGUUUAAGCUGCACAAAUUAAGUAUAUAGUUUAUAUAACCUAAGAUUGGCUUAAGACACUGCCUUCUCAAAUACUUUGGUAUUAGGAAAUCCCACCGAUUUUGGAUAUCAUGUCAAAGUAGCCGAUAAUUCAUUUAUUGCUCCAUACCUCUAUAGUGGUAAUGGUUUAGAUUUUAGAGCAUUCAUAAACAUUUGAUUCCAUAUAAGAAUAAAAAAU